AUGCAAGGCUUAUUAAAGGAUGCAGAUGCGAGGCAGGAUGAAUCAGAUAUUCUAAGGCAGUGGGUUGCUGAAGCAAGAGAUCUUGCUUAUGAUGCAGAAGAUAUCAUUGCGACAUAUGCCCUCAAAGUUGCAUCCAGAAAGGAAGGAGGCGUCCCCAAGAGGUGCGCUUGCAUCUUGUAUGAAGGAAUUACAGUGCACGACAAGGUUGGGUCACAGAUUGUAAAUAUCAAGACGAAAAUUUCUAUUUUAAAAACUAGUUUCCGAGACUAUGGCAUGAGAGAAUCUAUAAUACAAGGAGGCAGGUCCGGUUCUUUGAAUGAGAGGCAACAAGAGCAAAGGGAAACUUACUCUUAUCUUGAAGAUGACGUUGUUGGGUUCGACAAUGAUGUAAAAAAAUUGGUGGAGUUUAUGCUGAAAGAAGAAGAAGGCAAUAGACCGCGCUUGGGUAUAUGUUUCUCAACAAUGUCAAAGAAGACAUGUUUGGGAAGAAAUUUUUAUUAG